CAAGAUCCAAACUUAGAAUCGUUCAUUAUUAUAUUCGCAGUCAUCGUCUGCUGCCUUUUCUUGUUGAAAUCAACUUCUUCUUCUGUGUAACAAACCAUUUCCCCCCAAAUCAAUAAAUUUUCAUAGCUGAGUGAGUGUUCACACCUGCAACUUUCUCUUGAAUUCGUUGAGUUAGUGUACCCAGCUACAAAGUGUUGAAAUCCAAAUUUGAUCGGAGUUUUGCAGCAGAUAGAUUUCGAUGGAUUCCGUUGAUUCAUCGCCAAAUUUUAUGAAGGCCAGAAGCAGAUUUGAUCCAAACAAAGAAAAUUCUCCGGGGAGAAGUGAAUCUGAUGAAAUCAUGUCUGUUAGUUCUUCCAAUUGUGGAUCUUCAGUUACCCAACCUAAUUCUCAAAACCUUUCCAAUAAUGGAAUCAGGAACAGAACCACCACCAACAACAAAAUCCCCAAAAACUUUGCAACUGUUAGAUCAUUUAGGAGAAGGCCAAAGCCAAGACUCAUCCAAUCUCCUCUCCUAUUGUCUGAUGAUGAAGCGUCGCCUCAUUAUCUCAAGGCAACGACCUCUUCACAGGGAAAGAAAUCGCGCUCGUCUGAAUCUACGCUCGAUGGGAGCGAUAGUAAGAGCACUUCACAUUCCUCAUUCCUUUCAAGAAAAUCCAGCUUUAGAAAUGUGAGGGUUUUGAUCAAGAGGGCUAGUUUCAAGCCCAAGAGGUCUUUGUUGAGAGAUGUUGGUGUUGAUAGAGCUACGUAUUCUUCCACUCUCAAGGAUUCCAAGUUUCCUGCCCCCGCGGAGUUUCAACUUCAUCACGGUAGGGAAGAAGAAUCUGAAAAGGUUUGUAGGUACCAUCAUUGCUCAUUGCAUGGGGGUUGCCACACGAGUGGUGAACCGGCCCCUCCGUUGAAGCGUUUCUUGUACAAAAGGAAGCAGUCGUUGAGGAAGCAGAGGAGCAUGGUGCCUAAGUCUGAGACCACGCGUGGAGUGAAGCUCCCUGGUGAUAGAAAGAAGAAUCUCCAUAAAAGAGUAAUAGCUCGUGAAGUAGAGCCUUUGGAUCAAGAGAGAUUCAGCGAGAGCAUAGCUGUUUCUGGUGUUGUAAAUGGAAACAAUCCUAAUGAGGAAACUGAGCUAUUUGGGAAUGGAUAUAGCGAUGUUCAAGAGGCGUAUCUGGUUGAACUCGCCUUUGGUGAGAUGUCGUUCCCUGAGAGAAGCUACCAGGAUAGUCUGGACAUAGGAAGGAAGUAUUCUUCGGAGGGGCAAGGUCUUGGAGGGGCAUCUUUGAGGUGCUCGUGUCACAACAGAGAGGAAUUCAUGGCCACUCCUAAAAGACUCGAGGCUACUGCAACGAGCAUUGAAUGGGAAAACGACAAAGACGCAUCUGCUGUAGUUCUAGGCACCUCCAUUGAUAAUGUUGCAGUAAGCUGCAAAGAUGGUCCAGAUACUCCAGUCGUAUCCGAUGAAAAAACCAAGAAGAGAAAUGCGUUCGUAUCAGCUUCUUCGGGUAGCAAUUCUUCUGAGGAAGAUGCAGAGUUUACUACUGAAUCUUCACCAGCUAAAGAAAACCAGAUAGCUGAUGAUGCUGCACAUGCUGGAGAUUCUGAGAUGACUACCCCUACUCACAACAAGGGUGGGCUUCACUUCAGCAAGCCGAGGCAUAUGAGCAUGUGGAAUCUGAUACACCAACAUAUGUCAUCAAAUGUCUCUGUUGAAUCCACAGAUAAGGAUAGUGCGGAUGUAGGGGGAGAAGCGAGUGACUCGGAGGCUCAAGAGGUUGAAAUCCGGAAGAUGUUUGCUGUCAAGCUUGUACGAGAAGCAAUUGAGAAGAUUCUCCUUCCGGAGGUUCAAGACCAAGCAUCUGAUGAUCAGUCGGUCACGAGUGAAACCACUCCACGACCGGAGCUCGUGGAGAAAGAUAAAAUUAGAGAAUUUAUCCAAGAAAAUUAUAUGGAAUCUGCAAAUGGAAAUGUGUCAUCGGAUCUGAAAGAGGAGACCGCGGUGGCUGGUGAUGUUGAAGUUGUGAGAAAAUCUGAGAAGAAAGCUCCAAAGCAUUGGAGCAAUCUCAAGAAGUGGAUACUGCUUCAGAAAUUCAUCAGAGAGCUGGAGAAAGUGAGGAGAUUCAACCCCAAGAAGCCACGGCAUCUGCCAUUGAUUCCGGAUCCUGAGGCAGAGAAGGUCAGCCUCCGACCUCAGAUGGUGGAGGAGAGGAAGAGCGCUGAGGAGUGGAUGCUUGACCACGCACUUCGCCAGGCAGUGAGCCAGCUUGCCCCAACUCAGAAGAAAAAAGUGGCAUUGCUUGUAAAAGCAUUUGAGACUGUGGUUCCGCCUCAAGAAGAAGACUCUCAGGCUCAAUGUCGUAUCCCGAGGCUCAGAAGUGUCUCAAUGUUCGACUCUGCAAUUACCGGUCUGAGAAGAGCCGGUCUCUCUGGCGGUGAUCUCUUGUCAAGUGAUGAGAAUGAGAAGCUCGAAGAUCUUGUCCACGAAGAAAAUGACGAGAAUAUUUUAAAAUCACAGAGCUUGAACCUUGAUGGCGAUGAUGGUGAUAGAAUGCCGGUGCAGGUGAUGUCAGACAAGACAAAGACAAAGACAGAGGCCGUGCAAGGCCCUCAACAGGAUGCAAUAUCUGAUAGGAAAAAGCAUAUCCAAAUGUGGCAUAUGAUAUAUCAGCAUGUGGUAGCAGACAUUGCUGAAAAAGUUGGAGGCCAUCUUCUCGAUGGAGGCGAGGACGAACAAGAAGAGGACCACGCUACACCAAGCAAUCUGAGAGGAGGCCUAACCAAAUCUGAUGCUCUCAAACUCGUGAAACAAGCAGUUGAUGAGAUCCUCAUCCCAGAGGCACAAGAUGAGGCCUCCAACACUCGAUCAGUCUCGAGUGACUCUGUUGAAGAUGAGGAUUUGGGAGUAGAAUCAAAGGCCGAGGUACCAAAAUCAAGAAACUGGCGCAAGCUGAAGAAGCUCCUACUCUUGAAGAGAUCCAUCAAAGCACUGAGAGGUUUCAGACCACGGGCUCAUCAAGCGCUGCCUCAGACAGGUGACCCCGGGCCAGAGAAGGUGGACUUGAGGCAGCAGAUGAUGGACGAGAGGAAGAAGGCGGAGCAGUGGAUGCUGGACUACGCGGUCCAGCAUAUUGUAAUGACACUGACUCCGGCUCGGAAGAGACGGGUGGCUAUGCUUGUCGAAGCGUUUGAAGCAGUUGUUCCAUUGCCAGAGGCAUGAAUAUGAAAGUGAAUGAAUGAAUGGUUGUUUGCUUGUGGAAGGCCUAACAUGGUGAUGUUUUGAGUUGGUUGCUAUAUGUUGUGAGUCACCCCAUAAUUUUGCUAGAGAUUGGAGUUGUAGAGGUCUUUCCUUGUUUUCAUUCUUUGUGGUGUUGAUUAUAUUGUUGGGAUCAAUUAAGGCUGGUGUUUGUAAAUCUUUGUGCUUGUAUUUGUAUAUGUAUCAGGUUUGAUAUAUGCUGAAUCUUUGGUUUGAUGUAAAUUCUUAUAAUCUAGUUUGGUUUUUUGUUCCUAAA